GUGCUCCUCAGGAUACGACAAAUAACGCCGGGGAAGAUUAGCACAAUUCUGUGACCACUUCACGAUGUUCUCGAGAACAGCACUUCGUAUGAAAGGAGCCAGGAAGGCCAUAAGAAACUUUUCUGUGGCUGCUCAGCACCAGCAAAAGGUAGCUGUUCUUGGUGCUGCUGGAGGGAUUGGCCAGCCUAUGUCACUGUUGAUGAAACAGCAUCCGGCUAUAAGCCAUUUGGCUUUGUACGAUAUUGUAAACACACCAGGUGUUGUAGCAGACAUUAGUCACAUUAAUACCCCUGCAAAAGUAACCAGUCAUCAGGGUCCAGAUGAUCUACAGGCUGCCUUGGAAGGCUGUGCAGCUGUUGUUAUCCCUGCAGGAGUCCCUAGAAAGCCAGGAAUGACUCGUGAUGACCUUUUCAAUACAAAUGCUUCCAUUGUACAGACUCUCGCUGAGGCUUGUGCCAAAUUUUGUCCCAUGGCAAUUAUUUGUAUUAUCUCUAAUCCAGUAAACUCCACUGUCCCAAUUGCAAGUGAAGUAUUUAAGAAAGCUGGAGUUUAUGACCCAGGAAGAAUUUUAGGUGUUACCACUCUGGACAUUGUGAGAGCAAAUACAUUUGUAGCUGAGGCAAAGAGUGUGGAUGUUGGCGAUGUGAAUGUUCCUGUGAUAGGAGGCCAUUCUGGUGUUACAAUCUUACCUCUUUUAUCACAGACGACACCCAAAGUUUCAUUUACUAAUGACGAAACAGAGAAACUUACUGACCGCAUCCAAAAUGCAGGCACAGAAGUGGUGAAUGCUAAGGCUGGAUCAGGUUCUGCUACCCUUUCAAUGGCUUAUGCCGGAACGAGGUUUACUGCAUCUGUUCUUGAUGCACUCAACGGCAAAGCAGGGAUAGUGGAGUGUGCAUUUAUCAAGUCAGACAUCUGUGGCACCGGCUACUUUGCUUCACCAGUUGAGCUUGGGCCAAAUGGUGUGAAGGAUAACUUAGGAAUCGGAGAGCUUUCAGAUUACGAGAAGAAAAAGCUUGAGGAGGUAAUUCCCGAACUGACCAAGAACAUCAAGAAGGGCGAAGAAUUCGUUUUGGGAAAAUGAUUGCGCUUCUUGGUGCACCGAAGAGUUUGGGCAGGAAAUUGUAUUGCGCGUUCCCUGUUGCAUUAAUAGUGUCUAACAAUUUUCCAACAUGCAGGAAGAAUGUGCCAACUCUGUGUGAUACUGUUCUGGAUAUAAGUGAAUUAAAACAGUUGUUUUAGUACAAGUA